AUGUUUCGGACUGUGAGGUGAGUCCUUUUAAGUUUUGUUUGGUCAUCAUGACAGUAUUUUUAGUCAUCAUGACAGUAUUUUUAGUCAGCAUGACAGUAUUUUUAGUCAUCAUGACAGUAUUUUUGGUCAUUAUGAUAGUUUCUGUUAGUCAUUAUGGUACAUUUUUUGUCAUCAUGACAUCUUUUUUUUGUCAUCAUAACACAUUUUGCUUGUCAUCAUUACAAAUUUUCUUGUUAUCAUGACUGUUUUGUUCAUGAUUAGGGCAUUAGAUUUAACUUUUUUAUAUUGAUAAUGAAGGUCCGAGAAAUUAAUAUUAACUAUACAAUCUAUGUUGUUAUAGCUGCGUUGUGGCCAUUGUGGCGGUAGUGAAUGCACAAGUAAUCUAUGACAGUCCACCGGUUGGUGUUUCGGUAAGCUUUUUAUCAACUUUUAAAAAAAAAUAGCCUUACCUCCUCCCUUCCCCCCCCCCCCCUUUCGAUAAUUAAAAAUUGACCCUCCCCCUCCCCCCACCCCCCCCCCUCUUCUCCUAAUAAAAGAAUGACCCCUCCUUUCUCACCGGAGCUGUCUAUAUCAAUGAAUGUACAUAUUAUGUGCCGACAUAAAGAACCCGCCAUACUUUUCCUGUAAUUUCCCCGUAAAAAAUGGCGGGUUCUUUAUGUCGGCACCUAAUACCUAAUAACUUUCUGCAACUUACUAGUUUAAAAACUUUUAUUUGUCUGUUCCGUAUUUGCCUUUAAUUCUACUCUUCACAACGUCGUCUGGUGUUGUUUAUUUACAUUACAGUAAGAUGGAAGCCGUUUGUUGCGUCAUUGCGGUCAUUUUUUAUUGAAAUGACCACUUGAGGUUUUUCGACAUGAUUUUUGAUAUAUUACCCACCUUUACUUACCCCACACUCUGGCAUGGUUAAACCUGCUAUUAUAACACUGGCUUUGAUAUUACUAUACCCCCUCCCCCUCCCCGUUUUUAUGAUCUAUUAUAUUAUAGUAGGUAUUUUAUUAUCGUUUUAAAUUUAAAAACUUAAAAAAAUAAAAAAUAAUUUCAGCUAACCCGACCAGUCCUCCCCUGGCUAGCCCGUUACUUUGUUGGAGCAGGCAAAGAGAAUGUUUUCCUAGACGAACCUCAGCCAGGUCCAAAAGAAGGUGAAUCCAAAGGUGAAGGUAAAGGUGGUGGAGAAGGUCCGCCACUUCGCGAUUUCCCUCCACCCCUACCUCCUCACUCAGAAUCUGAAAAACCAAAGAAAGAGGAAUCAGCACCACCUCCACUUCAGUUCUACCCUCCACAAUAUUCACCCUACCCUCAACUUGAACAACCUCAAGGUGGUCAAAAAGAAGGAGGUCAAGGCAAAAGUGAAGGUGGAUCUGGGAAUCAACGAGCAGCUCCACAGCAACCUCCACCUCAGUAUGGAGUACCACCACCUCAGUAUGGUGCACCUCCACAAGGUUCAGGUGGGGCCAAUAAAGAAGAAGAGCAUUCAGAAUCCUCCAAAGGCGGAGAAAAACCAUCAGAAUCCAAACAGUUUGACACUCAGUCAUACGUUCCCCCACCACCAGCCCCACCCGCCUUCAAGUUGAACAACAAUGGGCCAGUAGCUGGAGUACUAGCAGCACCAGCCAUCCCCAAUAUGCCUCCACCCAUGCCCGGAUACAUGCCACCACCAGCUGGCCCAAUGGCACCCCCUCCAAUGCCAAUGAUGAUGAUGUUCUCACCACCCCCACUUCCGCCCCCAGGUCCAAACGGCUAUCCACCCAUGCCCGAGCCUUUGCCCGUCCACUUGGAACCUCCACCACUACCUGCCGGUUGGCCACCCAUGCCCAACCCUAGUCCAGUACAACCAAUGUUUGAUGCACCAGCUGGUGCUGGCUUUGCUGGAUGUUGCAAUGGACAACCUGGAUUCGGACCUGGACCAGCUGGCUUUGGCCCAGCACCACCACCAGCAUUUGCACCAGGAUUGGCGGCCGGCCCAGCACCAUACCCAGCACCACCUCCACCUUCGCCAGUAGUACCACUGCCUGGAUUUGCACCACCACCCGCCUAUCCAGCAGCAUCACCAGCUCCAUACCCUGGAGCAGCAUAUGUACCACCAGCACCAGUGGCACCACCAACACCGGUCGCACCAGCAGCUCCACCAGUUCCCGCUCCAGCGCCGUCAUUACCCCCAGCAUAUGCACCACCAGCACCUCCUGCAUCAGCGCCAGUACCGCCACCGUCAGCACCAGCUUACGCACCGCCAGUAUUUUCAACGGCCGCAUCGCCAGGCCCAGUAGUAACCGCAGCCCCAGUUCCGCCCAUGCCCGCUCACGCCGCCAUUCCUGCCGGCUCGUACGUCGCAAACCUACCCCUGCCGACCGGUAUCGCACCAGCCGCACCAGUCGCGUCUCCCAAGUACGACUAUCGGAAUCUGAAGUCGGCGUCGCCGCCCGAAGCCAGAAAACACCGCCUAUACCUGCGCACACCCCCUUCACACCAUGAUAAUCUCUCAACCGGGUCACAAUAA